GAGGGUCGACAGCAAUGGCUUCACAGGACGAGAAUUACGCAAUCAUUGAAGACCACAUCAUACCUCAAGGAAUCCUUCUCGCGGUCCUGGCCCCACUGUUCUUGAUCCUCAACUUUCCGCCGUUAAUAUGGCAUGUCCGCAAUCGCAACACAGCGGCUGUGUUCAUGGUCUUUUGGAUCAUGCUGAUGAACUUCUCCAGCGUGCUCAAUGUCGUCAUUUGGCCGUACAUCGACAUGCGCAACAUGUAUGAUGGCCAGGGUCUCUGCGAUGUCGAGAUCAAGCUGUUGGGUGCUCGUAUCACGGGACUCAAUGCUGCUGUGCUGUGUCUGCUGCGAGCUCUGGCUGCCGUGCUGAACACCGAGAAAAAUACGCUGGGUCCUUCCGAAGCACGGAAGUGGAAGAACAGAGCUGUCGAACUGGCUUGGUGUGUUGGCCUUCCCCUCCUGACCAUGGUCUUCCAGUACAUCUGUCAAUUGAAUCGGUUCGCUCUGAUUGGCGUUUCUGGUUGUCAACCGAUGAGCUUGAUGAGUUGGACGAGCUUCUUCCUCAUCUGGACACCACCAAUCCUCGCCAACGCGGUCGCCGUAUACUACGCAAGUAAGUUGNUCGUCGUCAUAAUCCGUCUCCACAAGUACCGCUCCUCGUUCAACAGCAUCCUCUCUAGCAGCGACACAACCCGCAGCCGCUUCUUCCGCCUCUUCGCCAUCGCCUCUGUCCUCGUCCUCGGCAUCACACCCUUACAAAUCUUCAUCGUCUUCACCCAGUACCCACGCGUUAACUACCCAUUCAACUUUUCUGAACUCCACAACCCGACGACCUGGAAUACGUCUAUCAUUAUGCCAUCCAGUGUUCUCUAUGACCGGUGGGCGGAUCUUGGGUGUGCCUUUNUGGUCUUCCUCUUCUUCGGGCUGGGCCAGGAUGCCAAGGGUAUGUAUAGGGAGUGGUUGGUCAAGGUGGGGCUAGGCAGGUUGUUACCCGUCUUGUUGGUUGUCGGCCGGGAGUCGUCGCACCGAGGAGGUCUCUCCAGUGCCAACAGCAAAGUGUCCCUUGAAGGGAGAAAGUCUUCAUGGAUGACAAAGACAGACAGUUCUCAAGUCACUUGUUCCAGAGCUUCCAUGGUGCCANGACACGUCAGUCUACUCCCCAACGAUACUGAUCCUCCAUCGUCGCCCGCCCAUCCUCUGACGGCUUUUCUUCGCCGCUUCGAUCCCCGACGCAGACUCGAGCGGCGUGGUGCGAGAUAUGAGUUACCUAUCUUUUCCGCACGGCGCCAGAACAGCGAUGGAGAUGACAAAGGCGUGUUAGUCAGUAAGCAAGUCAAGAGGGAAAGCUUUGUUGCA